UCCUUUGGGGGCUAUUUCAGUUGCAGCUUAUCCUCUUUCAUCACGUCCUCCUUAUGCUUUGUCUUGGCUUAACGAUUUGAUAUCAGCAGCUGGCGUGAUGCAUCCUGAAUUAUUACAAAAGCUUUUAAGUACAAACAUUGUUUCCCCCUCGAGUAUGAGAUAUCUGGUUCAUGUCUUCUGAAUCUAAUUUAAUUGUCAAUGGCAAGUAUCCACUGGCAGUAACUAAGGUUUUACCAUGGCAGAACUCUAUAUGCUUUCCAUGAGGCGAUUAUUUACAGGAGUCUAGUGCUAGUAGGUUAGACUGUUUCUUGUUUUCUUUAUGGUGAUAUAUGCAGGUUUCUCGUUUCUGCAACUCAGGUACCAUACCUGCCAAACUUAUUCUUCAGUUGACAACAUCGAGAAGGAGGCCUAUGUGUGAAUUUUACUACACGGAUCAUCUUUCCAGAACCAGUGUCCCUGUCUUAGUUCUUGCAGGUGACCAGGAUUUAAUCUGUUCACCCGAGGCCACAGUGGACCGAUGUUUUCUUUUUCUCACUUUGGCCUAGUGGUCAAUUUUAAUCUCCACAAACUUUGGGGUGCAACGUUAUGCCAGGAGUGCAGAUACAUGAUACAUGGAAACCUGAUAUGCACAUAUCUUUCAUCUUCUUCUCCUCGAAUGCUACUAACUAUAAUGCUUUUAAGAGACCAUAUAAGGUGUGUUGGAUCAUGAUACUUCCUGCACAUGAAUACAAGAGUCACAAAACGGUUAGCUACUAACUUCAAUCGCUUAGUAUCCACGCAUGGGUGUCGUUUUCUUUCUAGUGCUGAGACAUGUAAUGUAAUUGAUUAUUGAUUAUGAAUAUGUCAGAAACUGUUAAGCUACUUCCUUUUGAUUGUCAUUUAUAAGGUGUUUUGGAGAACCAGAUGGCCCACAUUACGCACACUAUGAUUUGGUUGGAAGACUAGUAUGUUCUUCCCUACUCUUUUUCUAAGUCUCUUUUGGUGGAACUUUGUUCAUAUGCUGUAUCAAAUAUUUUUCUUCUGAUUCAUUUCGGUUCAGUCUCCCUGCGGGCUGUGGAACAAGUUUAUCCAUGUAUAAUUGAAUUUCUCAGCCGUGUUGACUGCGUGUUUGCAGAAAUUUGCCAGCUCUGCAGCUCACUGUGGACUUUUCUGCUCAAGACUUCGGCCAGUCAUCUAAGAAAUGCAUGUUUCAGACAUAGGUGAGAUUAGAAAGAGGAGAUUUCUGGAAACGCGAUCAGAGGUUAAAAUCAAGAUUUUGUUUACACCCAACUCUCUGGCGACAUUGUAAAUUAGUACCGGAUUCUGUUUUUCCCUUACAAACUUGGUAGUGAGGAAAAACUUUCUCAAGAAAUGCUUUCAAUAUUGUGUCUAUUGAGACUAUUUUCUUCAUUUUAUUGUAUUGAUGAACCGUUUUAUUACCUUUUUAAAACGGAAUCUUUGUCAAGAUUGUCUUUUAGCCACUGUCUCUGUGAAAAUGCUGAAGCUUAUCCGUUGAAGCAAUUGAGUAGACAUGGAUUCAUGUGUAUAUUUUCUGUCUUGGAUCAACCAUACUGCAGAACCCUACUUCACAGACAAGGUGUGGGAGACAGGUAAUGACAAAACUGACUUGUCUUGUGAUGGAGUAACAAGCUCUCGCUUUUGACAGAGUUUGCCCUUCUACCAUAAGGUUGACCCGAUGGUGGUUGUCUACAUCUAAAGUUGCGGCAAUGUUAUUGUUGGGUCACAAAAUCUUAACCAAAUUAUCUUUGACCGCACUAUCCCUUGCUCUUGGUGGUAUCAGACAAACAUUAAGGGGGAUAAAGAAACCCCAAACUGACUCAAGUGAUAGCCUUCUGACUGAAACUUGACUUAUCAACAUAAAACCAUAAAUGGAAUCAAAGGCACCGGGUUUUUUGCUGAGUUCUUCAAGAUUUCAUGCAUGUUACUCUCAGACCAAGGAGGGCGGUAGCAUAAUUGAUUUAGGUCUCAGCCUUGGGACCCAACAGCAUGAAAAUUACCACUCAUCUGGGCAUAUGAUGGGUCUGGAUGGUUACGGGGAGCUCAUUGAUUGGUCACAGUCCAGCUGUAGCGAUUCACGGCUGAAGAAUCAUGCAAGGGAACAUGGAAAAUUUGUUCAAGAAGAGUGCAGUAAUGAGACUAUUGAGGAAGGAGAUGGGGUUGGGAGCAGAGGAAAGUGGGCAUAUGUGAAGGUCAACAUGGAUGGCUUUGUGGUUGGCCGCAAGGUCUGCGUUCAUGAUCAUGGGGGCUAUACCAGUCUUGCUCGUAGGCUCGAGGACAUGUUUGGGAUGCUAAGUGUGUCGGGACUAGGGUUGCUCGAGGUUGGGUCUGAGUUUUCAUUGGUGUACCAGGACAAGGAAGGUACCUGGAGGAAUGUGGGAGAUGUUCCAUGGAGGGAGUUUGUGGAGAGCGUGAAGCGACUGAGGAUUGCAAGAAGAGACGAUGCUCGGCUUGCCUUUGCCACUACCACCCCAUUCAACUGAUUCUCCUUUCAAAGCGUUUCCAUUUUCUCCAAAAUAGCGAUUAGAGAAAGUAGAUGAUUCUUAGUUGUCAUGUGGUUCUGAAACAAUUUCACACUGUCCUAAUUUGAGACUGAAAUCCCAAGGGCUUUGUUCCUA